UCCAAUCACAUAUACCUAUAUAGGCAUAGAAAAAGGAUAAGUCCAAUCCUUCAGGGUUUUCUAUGAAUCAUAUGCAGUGAAUAGUUGUUUAUAAUUAAGAACACUGGCAACAUUGCGACAUCAUAGUUUAAAAUCCUAACCUCAAAAGUUAUGUUGUCAAAAUUUUGUUGUUUCUUGUGUUAAAAUGUUUAAAAUCGUUUUAGAAAAUUGCAGACUUUGCCAAAACAAUAGCGGUGAACAUAGUUUUAAAGAGGAUACUAAUUUAACCCAACAAAUACAGAAAUAUACGGAUAUAAGUCUAAAUGAUGAGUUUUUACUAUUAUUACCAACAUUUAUAUGUUUAAAAUGCAAGGAUCAAAUAGAACAAUUUAGUAAAUUUAUAAGUUUUGUUAAAAAUGUUGAUGAAAAACUAAAAGAAGCCUUAUUGUCAAAAACAAUUGCCAAUGUUAAUAAUGUUGAUGAUAUGGUAAAAGAACCUAAACCUCCGGAUAGAGAUCCAUUUAACUGUGAAGUUUGUAAUGAGGUUUUCAAUAAAAAAUACAGUCUUAAAAUGCAUAUGAGCACCCACAAAAUCGUGGGAAAAUACCCAUGUCAAGUAGAAAAUUGUACAAAAAUUUGCUCCAAUAUGAACGCCUUUAAAACUCAUAAAUUAAAACAUGAAGGGAAAAAGCCAUUUUUAUGUGUAACUUGUGCAAAAGGAUUCUCCACAAAGAGUUCGUUAACUUGCCACGAAAAAAUUCACCUCUCUACAAAAGCAUACGAAUGUAAAUUAUGCAACCUGCAAUUCUCGGUGGGUAGUAAUUUAAGAGCGCACGAAAAAAAUCAUCAUCUAGGCUUCAGAUAUUAUUGUUCGCUCUGCGCGAAAAAUUUCGUCUCCAAAAGCAGUUUGGAGCGGCACGAGAAAAUUCAUUUGGGUAUUAAAAAUUUUAGUUGUCCAUCAUGCCCGGCUAAAUUUUACACCGAUAAGGAGUUAACUAAGCACGAGAAAUACCAUAAGUCCGAAAGUGACGUUUCUUUUGUACUGUCAAAAAUAAAGGUUAUAAAGCUGUCGAAGGUAAAUAAAGCGGUUAUUUUAUCGAAAAUGUCUCAAACCGGGGACGACAACGACAAUAACAACGAACGCGCGGUCGAGCACGAACCCGUCAAGUCGGAAAAAAUGUUCGCCCUGAAAAAAUGGAACGCCGUUGCUAUGUGGAGUUGGGACGUCGAGUGCGACACCUGCGCUAUUUGCAGGGUGCAGGUUAUGGACGCCUGUUUGCGGUGUCAGGCGGAAAGUAAAAAAGACUCGUUCGGCAAGCAGGAUUGUGUUGUAGUUUGGGGGGAAUGCAACCACUCGUUUCAUUACUGUUGCAUGUCGCUGUGGGUGAAACAGAACAACCGCUGCCCGUUGUGUCAGCAGGAAUGGUCCAUACAGAGAAUGGGGAAAUAAUGGGCAUCAAGAAAUUCCAAUGCACCGUUUGUUUAAAAACUUUUUUUGAGAAACAUCAUUUAAUUGUUCAUUUAAGGAUUCACACUGGGGAACGACCUUUUAUUUGUAACAUACCUGGUUGUACAAAGUCCUUUGUGGAUAACCAAAAGUUAAAGAGACAUUACAAAGCAAAACAUAAAACAACAUAAUGGGUUAUAAUUUAAAUAUAAUUAUGUUUAUUUCUUUUUAAAAUAAAUGUAUGCAUAACUUUGUAUAAAAUAUAAAAAUAUUUGUAGUUUGUAAUAAUUUUAAAACUUUAUUUCCACUUUUUAAAAUAUUAAAGAAUUUUUAAUA